GGGGGAGACGAGCGGGCGAAGCCGGGGAGAGCCGGGAGAGCCAGGAUGGGGCGCCGGGCGUGAGCGGGGGCGGCGGGGAGCCGAGCCCGGGGCCGGCGGGGAGCGGUGCCCGGCGGCGGGGAGCGGUGCCCGGCGGUGGUGAGCGGUGCCCGGUAGCGGCGGAGCGGUGCCCGGUGGCGGAGCGGAGCCCGGCGGCGGGAUGCUGCCCGGGCGGCGGCGGCGGCGGCAGUGAGCGGGGGCCGCCAUGGGCUGCGGCGGCAGCCGGGCCGACGCUAUCGAGCCCCGCUACUACGAGAGCUGGACGCGGGAGACCGAGUCCACCUGGCUGACCAACACCGACUCCGAGAGCCCGCCGCAGGAGGGCGGCAGCGCCGAGGCCGGCGGCCGGGAGCCGGGCGGGCCGCGACCCGGUAUUCUGGAGGAUGGAAAAGCAGUUCAGACAGGUGUAACUACAGCAUCAGGCACAGCUGGAAUGCCGAACACCGAGAAGAGGAACAAUGGUGGUCCUCAGUGUGUGAACCCCAUGGUCCAUGGCACAGGAGUUAGGACGCAGAGACAGAACGGCUUCAGAGCAGCAGAGAGUAAAUGGGACGCACAGAAGAUGUCCACAAAAGAAGUCACCAUUAAUGUUACAAAAAGCAUCAGACAAAGCGACAGAAGGAAAACAAAGACUUGUGUCAAUUAACAAAGCAAAGUGCAAGUGAGGAUGGACCUGACAAUGCUUCGCUGCACUUUAAAUGUCAUCAGUUGCUGAAUAUAUGAGGAUCUCCAGAUGUUCCAUGUUGAAUACAGCAGGCAGCUGCUGCUGAGUGCCUUCAGAAACACGUCUUGUAGAAACCAGCUGCAGACACUGUAGGAUGUUCAGAUGUCAUUUGUCUAAAGCAGUGGCACUGUGCAGACAUACGCCAAAAUUCAUGCCAUUUGAGUUUUACUAAGUCCUAUGUUAUCUCCUUGUGCGUGUCCCGUUCUGCAUUGCUAUUAGGAUGAGGCUGGAUGAUGAGAGAUACAGUUCAUCGCAAAUUAAAACAGGAAAUGAACAAAUGAAUCUGCAUUUUUAGUCGCAAGGGGUUUCGAGUGUGUACAUUCAAACCCAUAGAGUUCAUUUAAAGAGCUCGCUUUCAUAAAAUUCAAAUCCAGAGGUCUCAGAAAGAGACACAUAGGUGGCUUCCACUAAAUCUCUUUUAAACUGUAUAUAUUGGUUAUACGUAGUUAAGUCAUAUAGUAACCUUUUUACAUAUUAGUCUUUUAAUUACUUAGGUUUUUGGUUUGGGUUUUUUGGGUUUUUUUUCUGUAUUGGCAAAAUUUACGUCUUAAAAACAGUCACUUUCAUAUUGAUCAGCCUUACUUGAAGUUCCUAUUCUUAGAUGGCAGGUAGGGUUCUGGAUACUUAGUUAAUUUUAUACAUGCCUCUUUUAUUAUGUUUAGGCCCAGACUGACUUGGAAAAAAGUGAUCAUUAACAUUGCAUGAAAAUAACCAUAAUUCUUAAAACCGUAUUCCAAUGACAGCUCCAAAGAUUAACUUUAUUUGAUCAGAUAUAGUUGAUUUGCUGUGCAGAACUUAUAUAAUUGCAUUGUAAGCAUCCUAUAUCAUAGUACUCCAUGUCUAUUAUAAAUAUACAGCUAAAAGGAAUGUAAAUGUUCAGUGUAGUAAAGGCCAGGAAUUAGUUCAACAUAUUAUUUCUUAAUAUAGAAGUAAUAAUAUAUAGUCUCUGUGAGUUUGUAUGUUUAUGAAGAUAAAAGAGGUAAAUUUAUUUGCCUCCUCCACCAGACAUAUAUAAGUAUCCUUAGAGGGCCAUUUAAGAUAACUAUUCAAAAGUUGUUCAGACCAAACAGAUGGCAUUGGGAAGAAAAUCCAUGUAAGAACUGCAAGAAGUCCUUUUUACACAUAGGCAAAUAAGUAUAAAUAGAAUUGUGGGACAAAAUCCUAAUUUAUUCUGUAUUAGGAUCAUUUUAAUAACUUGCUGCUAGGUGUGUGAGUAUUUAAUACUUUCCUUGGAGUACAAGUCUAUGCAAUAGGGAAUUGUUUAUUAAUUAUUCCAACACACAGGCAAACUGAAAUCCAGAGCCAGUGCGAGAUUUUUCCGUACAAUAGCAUAUUUAUAACAAAUAUUUCUUUUUAGAUGUCCUAAAAAUGGACAAAGAACUUGUGCUAAGCUUUCUGCAGGUCCGUGUGUUAUCUGGUAAGUGAUCUUGUGCUGCACAUUUACGUAGAAGAAUUAAAAAACAUUGGAAAUAACGUUGUGCGGGUAAGACAACAGCAGUCUGCGUAUGCCCUUCCAACUUGUGGCUCUCCGCCAACUUGCAGGCAACGUUAUAGCACAGGAAGGGCCUUGACUCACUCGAACAAUAAACAGUGGCUGUAGCAGCUCAGCCAUAUUAAUUUAGGAACGGAUAGCCAUUGUUGGUGGAUGUCUACUGACCUAAUUGAAAGCACGUGUUCAGGAUUCUGCAUUAUUUGCAUAGAGCAGAAGACGAACCAUUUCAGGUCUGUGCCAGACUUGUAACCCCUUUCUGUUUCAAAGGAUUUACUGGCAGAGAGGGUGCAGUGUAAAAACAUGAUUCAGGAAAGUUACAGAAAGCGAUGAACGAUGCUGAUGUGUGAAAAGGUAGAGGGGAUUUUGAAGGAAGGGAAAAGGGAAGGUUCGUUGUGUAAGAAGCUGUUCCACAGGUAGUUGCCUUGUGUGGAUACCAUGUUAGGGUGAGCAGAUGCAAAAACAAAGGAGUCCUGGCAGUGAGAUUAUUUACUAGCUAAGAAAUUAUUUCGUAAUGAUGUGCUGACCAGAUGCAUCCGACGGCUCGGGUCACACAACAGAAGCAAGCCUGCAGUGCUGCACAGCGCAUCGGUACGAGGAACAGCCCUCGCUGCAUGUCAGCAGGGAGGCAGGGUUUGAGUCUCAUAUUCAGAGCGUGAGAUGUGACCGCUUGGUUAGCAGGAGAUGGCCUUGGUACAUAAUUAUCUGGGCAAUACCACAGACCUCGCUUCUGUUGACCCCAUCCUCCCUGAGGGUGGCAGCCGUGGAGUGGCGGAGGCUGACUGCUCUGGGUGACCCUUCUGUCUGCUCGUGGUAACUUUCCUGAGCCACUUCAAGAUCCCAUAAACGUGCUUAUACCCUGAAACUUAACUUCAGGGCAUUCAAAGACUGAAUCCAACUUCUGUGGUACAAACCAUGCCUAGUUACAAGCAAUUUUAUAAACUCUUCUCGUGUAACACGCUACAGUUCUUAUUCAGUAGGUGGUAACUGAAAUGAAAUUAUAUUAUGUUUUAGGUGGCUUCUUAGUUCUCGAUGCAUAAGCUUCCAGUGACCUUAAUAAAACUAAGAGCACAUUGUGGAGAUGUGAAUACUGCCUCUGUACAUCGAUAGCGUUAUUUUUAUGCUUUCUUUACUUUAUUUCUACUAAAGACGACCACCAGUAGAAACAACCAAUUUGUUUAGAAAAUAAUAUACCACUCUGUAUAAUUAAGGGUGACACAAUCUAGUCUAUACUGCUAAAGACAAUUUAAAGUCCUAAAAAUAGAUUGCUGUGCUGGUUUUAGUGAAAGAAGCAAGCUCAAAGAAUCAUCUGGACAUCUUCACUCCAGGUGGCCUUCAUAGGAGCGAAGGGUCAUAUUCACAGGGUCUGUUCUUUGAGUAGCAUCUUUCAAAUAUAAACAGCUCAAAUACAGAAAAUAAAAUAACCAUGUUAGAAGGCACAGACUUUUAGAUAAAGGACCUGUGUACAUCCCUGUCUUCUUAUAUGACAGGAUUUUUGAAAUGUAAUUUUCUCCCAAAAGAGAUUAUUAAUUUGUUCGAUGUCCCUCGGUUGCACCCGAGGAUUUCUACAGCUCCGCUGAAACAACACGCUUUCUGCUGGAAGGAUUUGGCAACAUCUGGUGAGUUUCUAUGAUUUACACAAGUUCAGGUUUUAAACAGAAACAAACUUACUUUGUCAUGUUUCCAUAAUUCCAAUACAAUGUAUAGCUUGGAUUUUCCUCUGAUGUGUAUAUACAUGUAAAAUACAUUUUCUUCCACUGAAAUGUAUUCAGUCAAAAGAAAGUGGACAUCGGAUAAAGGAGAGAAUUUACAGUUGCCAGUAAACAUCAUUAGGCAAAUUCAUCUUCUCAAAGACUGAGUGCAGUUUUAUCUUUCAGUAUUCCUUCAUGUUGUCCCUUUUGCUUCCUUAAUGUAUUUCAUCAUUUCACCAUUACCGUAGGACAUGGACUGGAAGACAUGCAAUUUUACUGUGUGACAGAAAGGAUCUUGUACUGAAAAAAUAGGAAAGUAUAAUUAUUGUGUAAGCAAUAUGUGAGUACUGGGUUAAACGUGCAUUCUUGUUAGCUAAAUGACUGAGACCGCAUACCAAACCGAAAACCGAUAUUUUUGAUCUUCCUAGUAUGUUCUUAUAUAUUCAUGUGUGCAUGUCUCUGCCUGUGUACACUGGAAUGUCUUUAGUGUGUACUUCUGUUCUGCAGUUCAGCCAUGGUUUUUUGCGAACCUUUUACUUGUGUUUUAAUUCUGACACCCAAGUGUAAAAAGUUUUAACUUUUGAACUGAAAUCUGUUUCACAUGCCUUAUGAAAAGAAUGAGCUAUAUAAUUUGUGCACAGAAAUGGUGUUUGAAAAAGCAGGCUUUGUUUUAUUUGGAAAUAAUGAAUAAUCUAUCUAAAUACAAACGAGACUAACGGGACCAUUUUUGUAGUCUCAUUUUAUCUGCAAAUUACUGAAGAUUGACCUAGAACUUGAAAAUUAAAAUAAAGAAAAUUUUUAAAGUGUCUGUUUAUUACUCCAUGCAUUUUACAUUCCUGUGUUUGUGGUCGAUUUAUCUUUGAGAGCUAAGACCAAAGACUGUGAAGGUAUAAUGAAUGAUUCCCUCUCUUUAUGGAAUCAGAAUAUUUCUGUCAUCAGGCUGUGGCUUAUGGGCUGUGUGGUCGUAUCAGAGAAGCUAAAAUACAUACAUUCCCCAUAAGAAAUUGCUGCAUUUGUCAAAGAGGGCUUAUGAACUCAAAAUGAGAGGAAUCGUAGCUCUGUAAUUAUAAAUGGGAGAGUUUGUGGUUGCUGUCAUGGCUAAAAUGGAAGACAUUGGGAAUCUGAGACAUUUUCUCUAGUAAGAUGUCGUAUUAUUGAGGGGAAAGAGGAGACCAAGAACUGGGAGUUACAGAGCCACCUCAGAGUUGCCUCUCUAAAUAGGAAAUUUGGUACACGCUGAGGUCAUCUUUCCCCAUUACGCAGCCUUGGGAAGGUCCUUGCUGAACCACUCAACUAUUUCUGGCACCUCACUUUAAGAAAGCCGGGAAGAGACCAGCAAAAGCAAUUGGUGGCUUCAGAGGCACAGUCCCCUGUGAGAGCCCGGGGAAGCCCACCUGCUCCGUGUGAGAGCACUGAUGGAAGCAUGCUUGUGGUCUUCCUUUACAUUGGCUGGGAAGAAGACAAGAAGAAAUGGACUUCUGGUGGUGGAGUCUCUGUCUCUGGAGACAUUCAAAACCCUCCUGGACGCGUUCCUGUGCAACCUGCUCUAGGUGACCCUGCUUUGGCAGGGGGUUGGCAUAGAUGAUCUCCAGAGGUCCCUUCCAAUCCC